CUCUUUUCUCUCUCUAUCUCUCCCCUCUGUUCUUAUCUUCUUCUCUGCUCGUUCUUCCAUUUCUUCCUUGCCAAAGCAAAUCAAGCUCUCCAGGGGUUACAGUGGCGGAAUACUCCCCCUACAACAGCCUGGCCUGCCGGUUGAGGGACCCUAAGGACGGCGACGACUGGAAGGGAUAUUCGACCCCUUCGACGAGAGUCUCCGAUGGGAGGUGAUCAGGUACGAGCAGUUGCAUACAUCAAGAGGCUUCUGGACCAGUUUUAUAGUGACUCGAGACUUCAGUGUAAGCUCUCCUCUAAAGACUGUGCUGCUCUGGUUGAUAAGAUUACAGCUAGAAUCAGAACAUGGCAUAAGAUCCUAAAGGAGAUUGAGAUGCACUAUAGUCGAUUUCUCUAUGGUGUUAGAGGUCUUAACACGAGGACACAAGCUCAGGUGCUAUGGACGUUUGUAGCAUUACCUAAGGAAGAGGGGGGUGUAGGUAUCCGUGAUUUCAAGAAGUGGAACCAGGCCUGUGUAGUCCGCCAUAUUCGGAAUCUAUUAGCUGAAACUGGUUCUUUGUGGGUUGUAUGGGUGAAGAAGUAUAGAUUGAAGCAAAAGGCAAUCUGGGACCUUUCAGUUCAGUUAGCAGGGACCUGGAUAUGUAAAAGGAUAUUGAAGUGCAUAGAGGGUAUUCAAUCUUAUUUAUCAGGUAGUGCAUCUCAAUUGGCUUGGGAUGGGAAAAUAUUGCCUAAGUACUCUGUCAAGAUGGUCAGGAAGUCUAUAAGUACCCCCAACCCUCUAGUUGAUUGGUUUCCGGCUAUGUGGGCAAGCCUUUUAAGGCUAAACACAGUUUGUUGUUAUGGUUGAUUGUGUUGAAUUGAAUCACCAUAAAGGAUAAGCUAGUAGCAUGGGAAGUUGUGUUGGUCACUCUGCAUCAGCUACAUCUAGCGCGAGAGAUGUUGUCGAAGCCAUGAUUGCAAGUAUUUGCACCCCAAGACAGCUUGUUCGAAGAAUUGAGAAUGAGGUUAAGCG